CGACUCUGUAACCCCCAGCCGCACCCCGCUCGGCCCGCGGGCAUCUGCUGCGUGUCCCGCCCCGGGCGCCCGCGCAGCCUCGAUGUUCCAGCUUCCCAUUUUGAAUUUCAGCCCCCAGCAAGUAGCCGGGGUAUGCGAGACCCUGGAGGAAAGCGGCGAUGUGGAGCGCCUAGGUCGCUUCCUGUGGUCGCUGCCCGUGGCCCCGGCAGCCUGUGAAGCCCUUAACAAGAAUGAGUCGGUGCUGCGAGCGAGAGCCAUCGUGGCCUUCCACGGUGGCAACUACCGCGAGCUCUACCAUAUCCUGGAAAAUCAUAAGUUUACUAAGGAAUCGCACGCCAAGCUGCAGGCACUGUGGCUCGAAGCGCAUUACCAGGAGGCAGAGAAGCUGCGUGGACGGCCCCUGGGGCCAGUAGACAAGUACCGGGUAAGGAAGAAGUUCCCGCUGCCGCGGACCAUUUGGGAUGGCGAACAGAAGACUCACUGCUUCAAGGAGCGCACGCGGCACCUGCUUCGAGAGUGGUACCUUCAGGACCCAUAUCCCAACCCCAGCAAAAAGCGAGAGCUCGCCCAGGCAACCGGACUGACCCCCACGCAGGUGGGCAACUGGUUCAAAAACCGCAGACAAAGAGACCGGGCAGCUGCAGCCAAAAACAGACUCCAGCAGCAGGUUCUGUCGCAGGGCCCCGGGCGGGUGCUGCGCUCCGAGGGUGAGGGAACGCCUGAGGUGUUGGGCGUCGCCUCCAGCCCGGCUGCCAGUCUCUCGAGCAAGGCGGCUACUUCGGCCAUCUCCAUCACGUCCAGCGACAGCGAGUGCGACAUCUGA